CAUUGACUUAUCUCUUCCACAAAAAUCCUCUGUGAGUUUGGAUCUUAAUUCUUUCCACAAAAAGUAAAUUAUGGCGGAAUUGGUGUGGAGUUUUGCUGUGCAGGAAGUGUUGAAGAAGAUAGUGAAGCUGGCAGCAGAGCAAAUGAGUCUGGCAUGGGGUUUCAAGAAGGAGCUCGCAAAGCUGAAGGACUCUCUACUCAUGAUGGAAACCAUCCUACACGACCUUGACAGAAUCAAGGCCGAGCAUAAGGCCGUGAAGCUAUGGGUGGAGAAGCUUGAAGAUGUCGUCUUCGAAGCCGAUGUUCUACUCGACAAGAUUGCUUUCGAAGAUCUUCGACGAAAGGUGGAAACUGGGAAAGAGGUGAUGGUAAGUUAUUUCGUUUCAUCCUCCAAAAAUCCUCUUGUUUUUCGCCUCAAGAUGGCGAGUAAGAUUAAGGGCAUCGCUAAGGCCUUGCACGAGCACUAUCGCGCUGCAAGUGCUGUGGGACUCGUUGCUAUAACAUCUAAAGAAACUGAAUCUGAUGAUGAUAUUACUCAAAUUCUAGAGACAGAUUCAUUUCUAGAUGAGAUUGGAGUUAUUGGGAGGGAGAUUGAAGUAUGUGAGAUAGUGAACAAAUUGAUUGAUCCGAGCCAUCAUGAAGCUCUGUUUGUUCUACCAAUUGUUGGCUUGGGUGGAUUGGGAAAAACAGCUGUGGCAAAGGUAAUCUUCAAUCAUGAAGUGAUAAGGGAGAAUUUUGAUACAACUCUAUGGGUUUAUGUGUCUAAAUCUUUUGUCAUCAAGAAGAUCUUAAGAGCAAUUUUGGAAACUCUUAAUGCUAAUUCUUGUGGCUUCGAUAGUAAGGAAGCCUUACUUCAAGAGCUCAAAAAAUGGCUGAAUGACAAAAGAUAUUUUCUCGUGCUCGAUGAUGUUUGGAAUGAGAAUCUUAAUCUAUGGAACGAGUUGAAGGCAUGUUUGUUAAAGAUUACAAAGAAAUCUGGAUGUGUUGUGGUUGUGACUACUAGGAGUGACGAAGUUGCGGAAAUCACGGAGACGCAGUAUUAUUCUAGGCAUUACUUGAGAAGAUUAUCAGAUGACCAUUGCUGGUCCUUGUUUGAGAAAUGUGCAUUUAUAAAUGAAUGGCCAACCACUUUGAAGUUGGAUGAGGUUCGGGAAGAACUUGUUGAAAAAUUUAGUGGCAUACCAUUGGUUGUGAAAGCAUUAGGAGGAAUGGUGAAGAUAGACAAGAAUCGUGAUGGAUUGCAGUGCACGUUGGAAAAUCUGAUAAGAAUUUUGUUGCAAGAUGAAAAUUAUAUAUCUACGAUAAAAUUAGGUGUGGAUCGCCUACCAUUAUCAUUCUCGUUAAAACAAUAUAAUAGCUCAAAAUUUUCCCAAGACUUCAAAUUCAAAAGAGAAUAACGACAAGAAUACUUUAACCAACCAUCAGAGAGAAGAAAUGCGACAUUAGACACAAAUACUUCAACAUUUUGUUGUCCCACCCCUUGUUUCAAGAUGUUGUCAAAAGAUAAAGAGAGGAAUACUUAUAUAUUG